AUGUUUUACCCCUCGCGACGUAUAACCAAUCGACGGUCCAUCGUAUAUUUCCCACUUCGUACGACGGCUACCAAGGAUUAUCCGAAAUUACCUUGGGGUAGAACAUGGUCUAUCUAUUCACCAUCACGUAGAUCGCCACUGUCUCCGAAAGCUGGUGAAGAUCCUUUUUCGCCGAACAGUCGUUGGAGGAAAUUUUGGUUGAAAGAAGAAGAAAGGUUGGCUAAAGCUAUGAGAGAUGCUGGUAUCUGUCUGUUCGAGCGCUGGCAGUAUGGUGAAUUAGAUGAUAGGAUAGCCAAAGCUAUGCUAUCGGGCUGUAUCGUUGCCACUGUACCACCUCAAACACAUCAUGACGCUUUCUCAUCUUUGAUCUUACCUCUUGCAAAGCCAUCAUCCGUCUCGAUCUUACCGGAUUUACCCAUUGACAACCUCAACCAGCUAUUGCGCAAGUAUACAAAUUCUCAACUACAGCGUCUCGCUCUCAAGGCUUUCAUCUCAGCUAGGAACAGGCUUGUCCCUACCUCCAGGCUGAAAGGUGUUGAGAGUGCCGUGCAGAUAUGGGAAGACGGUGGGAGAGGAUACGAUUUCAAAGAGGGGUUCAGGUGGGAUUGUGAUUCGGGACAUGGGGGAUGGUGUGGGUAG